GCGCAGAUACCCAGGUCAAAGGGAUUCAGUACAGUGACCUUCGGGGUGUUUUCAACUUCCAGGACCGCCCACCGGCUCGUCACCCUCUAGGUCCCAGGGCAGUACGGGUGCGCCUGCGCUCCUCUCUUAAGGGGAGGCGGAGUCCCAGAGCGGUUUAUGUAGGGCAUCAGCUGAGAACUCGGCUGACUUCCUGCUUUCCUCCUCCCGCAGAGAUGGCUGCCACUGCUCUGUACGUCAGGGAGUCGGGGCGCCCGGGCGGGCCUGCCACGGCCCGCCUCAAGAUUCUUCUCGGACACCUUCAGGGCCCUGCAGCCACGGCGAUCGCAGCUUACCCAACUUCAGCUGCUAAUAUAUCUUCCAGUUACCAUCCUCAGCAAUUCCAGUACACACUCGAUAAUAAUGUCUUAACUCUAGAACAGAGGCAAUUUUAUGAGGACAACGGUUUCCUGGUCAUAAAAAAUCUAGUGCCUGAAGCAGAUAUUCAACGCUAUAGGAAUCAAUUUGAAAGGAUCUGCAGAAAGGAAGUAGCACCCAUUGGAUUACAGAUAAUGAAGGAUGUGACCAUUGCAAAAUCAGAGUUUCAUGCAGAUGAGAAAGCAGUUACAAAAAUUCAGGAUUUUCAGAGCGAUGAAGAACUCUUCAGCUACUGCACUAAUCCUCAGAUCAUUAAAUAUGUUGAGUGUUUCACUGGACCCAAUAUCAUGGCUAUGCAUACAAUGCUGAUAAACAAGCCUCCAGAUUCUGGGAAGAAGACGUCUCGCCAUCCCUUCCAUCAAGACCUGCACUACUUCCCAUUCAGGCCUUCCAAUUCCAUUGUUUGUGCUUGGACUGCCAUGGAACAUAUUGAUAGAAAUAAUGGCUGCCUAGUUGUGAUACCAGGCACACACAAGGGCACCUUGAAACCACAUGACUAUCCUAAAUGGGAGGGGGGAGUUAACAUUAUGUUCCAUGGUAUCCAAGACUAUGAUGCCAACCAACCCAGGACCCACCUUGUGAUGGAGAAGGGAGAUACUGUUUUUUUCCAUCCUUUGCUCAUUCACGGAUCUGGAAGAAAUAAAACUCAAGGAUUCCGGAAGGCCAUUUCCUGUCACUUUGCCAGUUCUAAUUGCUACUACACUGAUGUAAAAGGCACUAGUCAAGAAAUCAUUGAGAAAGAACUCCAAAACCUAUUAGAAAAGAAGUAUGGUAUUUCCAAAAUACCAUUAAAGGAUACUUGGAAGUUCCGAGCACGGAUUGUAAAAGGUGAAAGAAUCAAUCUUUGAAGUAUUCAUCCAAAGUCCUUUUAAAAGAAGCAGUUUCCAAAACUCCCAGGUGCCUCUCUGGAGAGUGCUUGGAUAUGAGGAGUUAGCACAUACUAAUAUGAAAAAGCACUUUGUUGUAUAUGGUGUUAUCUGCAUUGCCUGAUGAUAUGGCAACCACAAAGACUAAAACCUGGUAUAUUCAAAAAGCUUAGCUUCCUGGCACAAGGAUCAAGAUGCCUAUGUAAUUUCUGAGUAAUCCAUGUCUUCAAAAACAAUGUAGCCAUAGGAAAGAACUCUUAGCAUAGCCAAAAGAAAAUCUAUUGAGUUCAGAAUCUUUGUAAUUAUAAGCUUCUUACAGUAAAGGGGUGAUUGCUUGCCUUCCUGGGGGGGGGUUUGGGGAGGGGGGAUCUAUUGCAGCUGCUUCUUCUUAGGCAAGAGAACUGAGGAUCUUCCUCAUGGUAGGGUUAGGUGGUAGGAAGCUUAUCAGAUCAUUUUUAUUUUAGAUCAGAGUGACCAUGAUCUGUGGUGAUUUCUUGCCCUUUAUCCUCAAGUUUCCAUUUGUUUCCUCACUUCUGAAAUCAAGGGAAGGUAGGAAGGAGAAAGAGGGCUCAGAUUUCUCAUUUGUUUUUCAAUCAAGGCAAGGGCAACUUCCUAGUAUUAAAAUAAGAAACAGAAAAAUAAGGAGGAUCUCCCAAAACUCUUCCCUCUCUACCCUUUUUUGUAACAUGAGUAAAUGACAUGUUUCCUUGGCUUUUCUCUGGUUUCUACUGGGCAGUAACUUUAAGCCUGUUUGGAUAAUGGGAUAAGGGUGAUACUGACUGCUAUGAGACAGUUGGACAGUGGAAAGACUUGUUAGGAAAUACAAAUAGUAUAAAUGUGAGCUCGAUGGUCCAAUAUUUCACUCUGAAAUAUUGAAUUCCUCCAACCAGUUUAUGCCAAUUUUAGAACAAAGAUCCUUUUGAAAUAAAGUUAAAUAUUAAGCAAAUAAA